AUGAAACGCAAGCUGGAUGCCAAUGAUGUCCCCUCUCCGGAGGCGGCCGAUGACUCUGUGAAGAAUGAUGUCGACAAUCUUGACUUUGAAAGCCUCAAUCUCGAUCCGCGCCUGCGCCAAGCCCUGGUCAAAGAGAAAUUUACCAAGCCUACUCUUGUUCAAGCGAAAGCGAUUCCGCUGGCGCUGGAGGGCAAGGAUAUCCUCGCCCGUGCAAAGACCGGCUCCGGCAAGACUGCCGCCUAUGUCCUUCCCAUUCUCCAAACGAUUCUUCAGAAGAAAGCGGUUCGUACCGUAACCUCUUCGAUUGCUAUAUAUUUCCUGACUGUUCCAUUCCAGAAUGACCCUUCCCUGAAAGCGACGACCGGCCUCAUCCUUGUCCCCACCCGAGAGCUCGCCGAACAGGUCCAGAAUGUCAUCACGACGUUUGCUGCCUUUUGCGGAAAAGACGUGCGGUCGGUGAACCUGACGCAGAAGGUGUCCGAUGCAGUCCAGCGUACGAUGCUCGCCGAUUACCCCGACCUCAUUGUGUCGACUCCCUCCCGGGUGAUCGCCAAUCUGGGUAGUUCUGCCCUGUCGCUCGAAAACCUGACCCACCUCGUCAUCGACGAAGCCGACCUGGUGUUGUCGUACGGAUACGAUGAAGAUAUCAACGCCCUAGCCAAGGCCAUCCCCCGUGGAGUCCAGACCUUCCUCAUGAGCGCGACCCUGACGGCGGAAGUGGACACGCUGAAGGGUCUCUUCUGUCGCAGCCCCGUUAUCCUGAAGCUGGAGGACAAGGAUGAUCAGGGUUCGGGCGUCAGUCAGUUUGUUGUCAAAUGUGCCGAGGACGAAAAGUUCCUCUUGACAUACGUCAUCUUCAAACUGCAGCUGAUCAAAGGAAAGGUCAUCAUCUUCGUCGGCGACGUAGAUCGCUGCUACCGUGUAAAGCUGUUCCUCGAGCAGUUCGGUAUCAAGAGCUGCGUGCUCAACUCCGAACUCCCGGUCAAUUCCCGUCUCCACGUUGUACAGGAAUUCAACAAGGGCGUCUACGACAUCAUCAUCGCAGCCGACGAGCAGGAGGUCAUGGGGGCACGCAAGUCGAAGAAAUCCAAGGAAGCGGAGGAAAACGAUGCCGGCGAAGCCGCCGGCUCCAGCGACGAGGACGAAGGCGAAGCGCAAAAGCCAAGCACCACCCGCAGCGACAAACCCAGCGAGAAGCGCCGCAAAACAGCCGGAAAGGACAAAGAUUACGGAAUCUCCCGAGGCAUUGACUUCCAAAACGUCGCAUGCGUUCUCAACUUCGACCUUCCCACCACCUCGAAAUCCUACACGCAUCGCAUCGGCCGUACCGGCCGCGCAGGCAAGACCGGCAUGGCGUUGUCGUUUGUCGUGCCUGCCGACCAAUUCGGCAAACACAAGCCUACGUCGUUCCCGACCGCCAAGCACGACGAGACCGUGCUGGCCAAGAUCACCAAGCGGCAGGCGAAGCUCGGCCACGAGGUGAAACCGUACCACUUUGAGAUGAAGCAGGUUGACGCGUUCCGAUACCGAAUGACCGAUGCGCUGCGCUCGAUCACCCGGCUCGCGGUGCAGGAGGCGCGUGCGCGCGAGAUCCGUCAGGAGCUGAUCAAGAGCGAGAAGCUCAAGCGCCAUUUCGAGGAGAACCCCGAGGAGCUCCGCCAGCUGCGGCACGACGACGAGCUGCGUUCGGCCCGCAUCCAACCUCACCUGAAACAUAUCCCGGACUACCUGAUGCCGUCGAAGGGGAAGAAGGGUAUCUCCAGCGAGAACGUGGGAUACGUCGGGUUCAGAAAAACCAGCGAGAACAGGAUCCGGAAGGCCAGAGAGAAGAACCGCGGCAAGGGUAAAGGCCGGAAUUAUGCCGGUGUCAAAAAAGUCGAUCCUCUGAAGACAUUUAAUCGGGGGCGGAAAUAG